AUGGGAGUGUGUGGAGUACAUGUGAUCAGAGACAUCUCUCCACAGGCUGAAGUUACAGACCACCUGACACAACCACAGUUUGGCACUUUACAGCCGCCCCCCCAGAGAGUUCCAGAGGUGAGGGAGGAGAGAGUUCCAGAGGUGAGGAGGGAGAGAGUUCCAGAGGUGAGGGAGGAGAGAGUUCCAGAGGUGAGGGAGGAGAGAGUUCCAGAGGUGAGGGAGGAGAGAGUUCCAGAGGUGAGGGGGGAGAGAGCUCCAGAGGUGAGGGAGGAGAGAGUUCCAGAGGUGAGGGAGGAGAGAGUUCCAGAGGUGAGGAGGGAGAGAGUUCCAGAGGUGAGGGAGGAGAGAGUUCCAGAGGUGAGGGAGGAGAGAGUUCCAGAGGUGAGGGGGGAGAGAGUUCCAGAGGUGAGGGAGGAGAGAGUUCCAGAGGUGAGGAGGGAGAGAGUUCCAGAGGUGAGGGAGGAGAGAGUUCCAGAGGUGAGGGAGGAGAGAGUUCCAGAGGUGAGGGAGGAGAGAGUUCCAGAGGUGAGGAGGGAGAGAGUUCCAGAGGUGAGGGAGGAGAGAGUUCCAGAGGUGAGGGAGGAGAGAGUUCCAGAGGUGAGGGAGGAGAGAGUUCCAGAGGUGAGGGGGGAGAGAGCUCCAGAGGUGAGACAGGAGAGAGUUCCAGAGGUGAGGGAGGAGAGAGUUCCAGAGGUGAGGAGGGAGAGAGUUCCAGAGGUGAGGGAGGAGAGAGUUCCAGAGGUGAGGGAGGAGAGAGUUCCAGAGGUGAGGGAGGAGAGAGUUCCAGAGGUGAGGAGGGAGAGAGUUCCAGAGGUGAGGGGGGAGAGAGUUCCAGAGGUGAGGGGGGAGAGAGUUCCAGAGGUGAGGGGGGAGAGAGUUCCAGAGGUGAGGGGGGAGAGAGUUCCAGAGGUGAGGGGGGAGAGAGUUCCAGAGGUGAGGGAGGAGAGAGUUCCAGAGGUGAGGGGGGAGAGAGUUCCAGAGGUGAGGGGGGAGAGAGUUCCAGAGGUGAGGGGGGAGAGAGCUCCAGAGGUGAGGGAGGAGAGAGUUCCAGAGGUGAGGGAGGAGAGAGUUCCAGAGGUGAGGAGGGAGAGAGUUCCAGAGGUGAGGGAGGAGAGAGUUCCAGAGUGUUUUUCUGACGGAGCUGAAGAAGAAGAUAUUCUCCUGAAUCUGACCAAACCACAGAGUAUUCUCCACGACACACUUGAUAACUGCAGUAAACUGUCCCCACACAGACACAUGUUUCUGUAA